UCUCAAUACAAUAAAAUCACUUAUAGAGACCGCUUCAACCGCACCACGAAGGUGCGCGAAAGGGAAUAAAUCCAUUUAGGGUUUAUGAUUUUGAUACUUUCCCGUCGAAGAUUUGAUCGGGGAAGUGGAGCGAUGCGUGUUUUUGCUGCGAAUCUGAGUGAGGAGAUGUGUUUAGUUUGCUGAUCAGGAUUCUAGGGUUGGUUUUAUAGUGCGGGAGGUGAUUUGGUGCUGCGGAAGAGAUGAGUGCAUCGAGAUUUAUUAAAUGUGUUACUGUUGGGGAUGGUGCCGUGGGGAAGACCUGCAUGCUUAUAUCCUACACGAGCAACACAUUCCCUACGGAUUACGUGCCUACUGUUUUUGACAACUUCAGUGCAAAUGUUGUUGUUGAUGGUAACACUGUUAACCUAGGUUUAUGGGACACUGCAGGCCAGGAGGAUUAUAAUAGAUUAAGACCAUUGAGCUAUCGCGGAGCAGAUGUUUUUAUCCUGGCCUUUUCUCUCAUCAGCAAGGCCAGCUAUGAGAAUGUUGCAAAGAAGUGGAUUCCAGAGCUGAGGCAUUAUGCCCCUGGUGUUCCUAUAAUUCUUGCUGGAACAAAGCUUGAUCUUCGGGAUGACAACCAGUUCUUUAUCGACCACCCUGGUGCCAUGGCUAUCAGUACCAUGCAGGGAGAAGAGCUUAGAAAGCAAAUAGGCGCGCUCGCCUACGUCGAAUGCAGCUCGAAAACUCAGCAGAAUGUGAAGGCAGUCUUCGAUAACGCCAUUAAAGUCGUUCUUCAGCCGCCAAAGCACAAGAAGAAGAAGAAGAGAAGAUCACAGAAGGGUUGCUCCAUUUUAUGAAGAAGAAUGGAAGGAAUAAAAGGAUCUGCCAGUUAUGCUCUUUACCGUGUUUGGAUUAAUUUUUCUCUAGUGUAUAUUUAACUAACAAGCAGCAUUAGUAAAUUGUGGUAGGACACAUAUCUUUGAUGCGCUCCCUUUUCUCUCUCUAUUUCUCUGUUUGCUCUCUCUGCUUUAGUCAUGUUAGUACUCUGCUCUUUGGCCUCCUAUACAUAAAUAUUUGAUGUAUGCGGCCAUCUGAAGCUAGUUUUUAUUUUAUCAUUAGACUUGCUAUUAUUAUUGUUA